AUGCAUACCCUCCGCGCGCUCGUCUGGCAACGAUUUCGAGAGACUCUGCAGAGUAGCAAACACAUUGUGGUCAUUGCCGGAGCAGGUCUGUCUGCAGCGUCUGGAAUCCCCACCUUUCGCGGUGGCGGUGGGAUGUGGCGAUCACUCGACGCCAUGUCGCUCGCCACUCCAGAAGCGUUCGAGGAGAACCCCUCGCUCGUGUGGCAGUUCUAUCAUUACCGCAGGACUAAGGCCGCAGAAGCGAGGCCGAACGCAGCACACGAAGUGAUCGCGAAGAUGUCCGCCCCGGCGUACCUCAAGAAAGUCGCGCCAUCCGCAGCCUCGUUCCACCUCGUGACGCAGAACGUGGACACGCUCUCCCGCGUCAUCUUCCCGGACUCGGUGUUCGAGAUGCACGGCCGGAUCUUCGACGUGCGCUGCACCGGCGCGUGCGGGCACGUCUACGAGGACCGCGCGGAGCCCCUCUGCGCUGCGCUGGGCGCCGCGGACGCCGAGUUCGCGAGCUACGAGGACGCGGGAACCAAGCGCAUCGACAUCGCUGAUAAAGAGCUUCCGCGGUGCCCGAAGUGCGGCGCGCUCGCGCGCCCGGGCGUGGUGUGGUUCGGGGAGAGGCCGUACCAUCUGCCCGAGAUCAACGGUAUCGUGUUCAAGGCGGACAUGUGUCUCGUCGUGGGGACGUCGUCGACGGUGCUCCCGGCAUCAACGUUUGCGUACCGCGUCCAGCGGCACGGAGGGAAAGUCGCAGUGUUCAACCUCGAUCCCGGCGAGCGGGACGAGAGGGCUGACUUCGUGUUCCGUGGGCCGUGUGAGAAGGUGUUGCCGGACAUUUUUCCUGAGCUUGCGGCAUAG